GCGGAAGUUGUUGCGGCUGGGCGGGUCUUCUGGAGCGGGCGUUGCUGGGCGAUGGCGGACGGGCUGUAGGCGUUGGGCGGCGGCCUCGGGAUCCCAGGCGGGAGCGGGCGGACAGAUCUGUAUCUUGAUGAGCACCUGAACGUCGAUCAUGCCUUUAGUGACAAGGAACAUUGAACCAAGACACUUGUGUCGCCAGCCUUUGCCCAGUAACGUUUUGAGUGAACUGGAAUGUGUAACAAACAUCACACUUUCAAAUGUCAUCAGGCAACUUGGCAGCUUGAGUAAAUAUGCUGAAGAUAUCUUCGGUGAGCUGUUCAGGGAAGCGGGGAGCUUUGCUUUUAGAGUGAACAGUCUUGGAGAACGGAUUGACCGUUUACAAGUUAAAGUAACACAGCUUGAUCCCAAAGUAGAAGAUGUUUCCCUGCAGACUAUUAACCUGAGGAAAGCCUUCAAGAGCUCCACAAAUCAGGACCAGCAAUUGUUUUGUCGAACCUCCCUGCCAAUUCCUAUCAAUGACACAUAUAACACAUGUGACAAGCCACCACCCCUUCAUAUUCUGACUCCAUACAGAGAGGAUGGAAAAGACAGCCUUAAGUUUUACACUGAUCCUUCUUACUUCUUUGACCUCUGGAAAGAAAAAAUGUUGCAGGACACAAAGGAUAUCAUGAAAGAGAAAAGGAAACACCGGAAAGAGAAAAGGGAAGUUUCAAAUAGAGGAAAUUUGAACCCACGGAAAAUUAGAACAAGGAAAGAGGAAUGGGAGCGGUUGAAAAUGGGCAAGGAAUUCGUGGAAGCAAAAUCUGUUACUGAAGAUUCCAUCUCGAACGCCAAUGAAAUCUGUUCUAAUGGAAGUAUAGGCUCAAAUGCCAACGAGGAGCUUGCUUACAGAACGCAUGGAACAUAUCGUGAUUCAGUCAAUUCACCUUCUCCUCCAAUGUCACCAGGAGCUGACUUGCCUCCACCACCGCCUGAUUUUGGUUACGCCAUGGACAAGCAGGACACUUCAGCCCUUAAAAGGACCAGUGUUGUCAGCCCGACUAUUCCUCCUCCAGCACCUCCCUCCAGCCCACCGAUAGGUGAACUUUCACCACCUCCGCCACCAGCCCCAACUCAACUACCCCCGCCACCCCCAUACAUGGGGCUCGAGGGGCCUCCUAUCUCUCCCCCACCACCGCCUCCCUCAGUUUCCCCGAUGCAGUUUAACCAGCAUUUCUCCAAUGAUGCCCCCUCAGUCCCUCCUCCUCCCCCUCCUCCCACUGAUCACUUCCCUGCCGCCCCUGCCCAAUUCCCAGCACCGGGAGGAGGUGGGGCUGCUCCUCCUCCUCCCCCUCCUCCUCCGCCGCCCCCUGGCCCACCACCUCCCGGGCCCACGAUGUCAUUUGGAGGUGGCACGGUGCCACCCCCCCCACCGCAGUCCUCUGACUCAAAGCCGAAAGCAGCUCUGCCGCCUGUGAGUGAUGCCCGGACUGACCUGCUCUCAGCCAUUCGGCAAGGCUUCCAGCUUCGUAAAGUUGAAGAGCAGAGAGAACAGGAGGAAAAGCGGGACCGUGUUGGGAAUGAUGUGGCCACAAUCCUGUCACGGCGUAUCGCAGUCGAGUACAGCGAUUCCGAAGAAUCAGAAUUCGAUGACGAGGAGUGGUCUGACUGAGCUGAGCAACACCAACACACCAGUCACCAGCAGCCAAAAUUCUUGUUUUAAAAAGCCAAACCAUUCCCAACAACGCCUCUCCACAUAGGCGUAGUACUCUAACGUGUUAUUUGCACAGGCUGUGAAUGUGUUGGGGAAGAUGUCAGACAAGGAAAACACUCGGUAUUAUAAUCAGGCAGAUAUCAAAUGAAGUGCCAUGUAUAUGAUUCAGCAGGAAGAUAGAUAAGUGUGUUACAGAUCACUGGAUUAUUAAAAUGGAAGCAGUUUGCUGCCUUGUUUUAGAUUGGUGGUGCACACGAUUAUCCAGUAAUUGGAGUAAUGUAUUUAUCAGCCAAUAUUUUUAUUAAUGGUAUACUGCUUUUUAAUCAAGUACAGUAGCUAGAAUGAGAUUCUGUAAUCUGCACACAGUAAAUAUGUAUAUGCGGUUAUAAUGAAUCCAUAUUCACACAUUUGCCAGUGCUGAAAGGUUUAUAUAUAUUUUUAAGACAUUGCUAUAGACUUAAUAAAUCUCCAAGUAAUCAAACCAAUUUGCCUGUUGUGUAAUUAGCAUCACCAAAGUGCAUUAUGGGGGGGGAAAUUUACAUGGAACCUGUCUUUGUAGAAAUCUCCUGACUUUUAACCAUUUUAAUUUUUGAAUAUGGCAUACUGGUGCCAAAACAGGAUACCAAUUACUUGUAUUAAUUGCCUGGUAAGGAACCUGGCCAACCAAAAAAUGACUCUACAUGUUAUGAGAGUGCUGCAAUUAAAUCUUUGCUUUGUUUACAUCAGUUUAUGGGUGUUUCUAAAUCUUGCUUAUGCAAUCAAUUAAUAAUCUUUUGUGAAGAGAGACAGCUUCACUGGCAAACUAUGCAAAUUUAGCACUAGUUAGACUAACUGGUUUUAUUAUUUUUAACACAGUAGGGUUCAAAUUGCCCUGAUCUAAAUUUAUCAGGUUAUUUUCAUUCUGCUUUGGGGUAAAAUUUUGUAAUAACGUGUUCGUAAUCACAUAGCUGGGUUGCAAUUUUAUAAUUUCCUCCCCUCUUUGAUGUUUCUAAGAAGUGGGGAAUUGCAUUUGAUUUCCUGGAUUAUUCCAAGUAAAUGUGCAGCCAGAAAUGUAUUUAAUUAGAACUUUAUGUAACUAAAGUUUGCUAUGGAUAUCAAAGCCUUGAAAUAAAUGAUUUACCAACGAUGUAAAA